UUCCAAACGGUUGUCACCCGGUGGAGGCGAGGGGUUUUCAAAAUUGCACUAGUCAUUUCAGGUCAGCCUGCUGUCGAUUAUUUGGACGAAAGACUUUGUAACUCCGGCCUGUUGUAUCGUGUUUUUUAAGGAUGAGUUCGGUUGAUGUGAACGAUGAGAAUCGUGGCGUCUGCCCUGGAGGAAAGCAGAACAGCAUAAUUAACGACAUUUUUGCCCUGGAUCAGCCAACUGGGAGACCCUCCAUCCUGCGUCAGACAGAGAACCUGCCCAGCAAGACUGUGCCAAAGGGGGUGAAGGUUUGUUUUCAGACUCCAAGAAGAGACCCUGUGACUAAAAGAAUUGUAUCUCCCACCAAAACUGCCAAGAUGACCAGUGUGGACGAGUGUACAAAAGCAAUGGAGUCCUUAAAUUUGGAUAAAACUAAUACUUUACCACAAGACAUCACUGAGAAGCCUAAUGAGCCCAAACAAGAUGUGUCAUCCUAUCCAGAUGAUGACAUGCCAAUUCAAAGCAAAGGAGGCUAUCAGUUGGAUUUUGACAACCUUGAAGCAAUCAAUCCAUUUCAGGGCUCUAAUAAGAUGGUCCUCUCUCCUGCAAGGCCUGCUGUUGAAAACCCUCCUACAGAGUCUGAACCCACAAAGCCAGAGAAUAUCUUGGAGGAGCCCACCAAAAUAGAAUCUGCACUAGACGAGACACUUCCAUUCACCCCGUCUGUGGAAAACUCACUGGUUGACAUGUCCACCAACAUCAGCUCCACAGAGAGUAGUGUGGUCACAGUGGUGAAGGUCCCAGAGGUCGAGGAACAAGAUUCAUGGACUGCCACUCCCAAUGAAAAACAACCUGCUGAUAUGUCUCCAAAUGGCGAUCAAGACAAAGUGUCAGGCAGUUUUGUGGAAGAUGCUCCACUGCCAGCAAAAGGUGCUUACAACUUGGAUUUUGACAACCUCGAUGCAAUCAAUCCUUUCCAAACAGGUGGCUCUAAAAUUCAGAAUUCCCCUGUCGUUGGGAAAAGGGUGCCAGACAUUACACCACCUAUCGAGGAGACACAGGCAAAGGAAAAUAAACCCACAAAUGUUGUUGACAUACCUGAGGUGCCUGUUCAGCCUGAGAUGAAACCCGUAGCUGCAGUGGCUCCAAUCUCAGCCAGUGCUGCUGAAACUUCAGCUGCUGAAUCCAAGUCCCAGCCAGCUGAUGCCCCAACCAAGGAGGGACCAGUCAAACUUGAGUUCAACUUCGAUGAUGGCAGUGAGGUCAAACGGAAACCGCCACCCAAGAAAUUUGGCAAGAGGCCACCUGGUUCAAAACCUAAAGAGGGAAAGCUGCCAUGUGACGUCAAACCACCAAAAGCAACUCCAGUGCAGCCUGAUGCCAGUGAUAUCACAGAUGUUCCGGUUCCCAAAGGGUCUUACUCAAUUGAUUUUGACAAGUUUGACGACCCAGACUUCAAUCCUUUUGGCACAAAAGCAAACAUGAACAACUCUCCAAUGAGUAGCAAGAAAUCCGGCCCAGUGCUCACGGAAACUUCGAUUCCAGAGCAGCCGGACAAGCCUGUGGAAAAGGAAGUUGUGUCAUCAGCGUGUGCUGAAGAGAGUGUCCCAGCUGCAGAACCCAAACCUGCAAAUGCUGAAGACAAAGCUGCCACUGACAGUGAUAAGGGAUUACAGCCUGAAUCUGUACAACCCGUGGAGAGUCUCCCUGAGCAGAAGUCACAGACAGCCAUGCCAGAAUUCAAUGAUGAGUUUGUUCCUGGAACUAUCUUCAUGGCCAAUGACUUUGAUGGACAAAUCGAUUACCUUGAGCAGUUUGGCUCCAGCAGUUUCAAGGAGUCUGCAUUGAGGAAACAAUCCUUGUACCUCAAAUUUGACCCCCUCCUGAGAGAGAGCCCCAAGAAGCCUGCAGGCCCGGCUGCUCAGGCCCCUGCCCCUCGCCCCACUGCCUUUGUGUCACGGCUUGAAACUCCACAGAUGGCAGCAAAGGCUGCAAAUGGACCACAAAAGGAUGACUUCAAACUGCUUGAUGAUGCCACAGCAUCAGCUUCUCCAAUCCUCGCGGACCUUGUCCCUCCUUUCCCCCAGCCAGUAAACACAGAAGAUGCCAUCAUUGAAGUGCUGAAGUACAGUCAGAAAGACAUGGACGCAGCCAUCGCCAGGGUCCAGGCAGAAGGAAAGGAAACAGAGGAGCAAUGGAGUGCAAAGUAUAAAAAGUUACUUGACGAUGGUCAAGAAAUGAGGAAAAUUAUUGCAGAAUUUGAGCUCAUGAUUGCAAAAAUGAUGGCUGAUCAAGAGAAGGAGAGGGAGGUGGCCCAGACAAAGCUCACUGAGGCUCUGCUAGAGAAGGAGCAAGUGUCCAGUGACCUCAACACCAUGGAGAGAUCUUUCUCUGACCUUUUCAAGAGACUGGAGAAGUACAAGGAUGUGGUUGAGGGCUACAAAAAGAAUGAAGAGACUCUGAAAGCUUGUGCUCAGGACUAUCUGGUGAGGAUCAAAAAGGAGGAGCAGCGUUACCAGACCCUGAAAGCCCACGCUGAGGAGAAAAUUGCCCAUGCAAAUGCAGAGAUUGCAGAUGUGCGGUCCAAGAACAAAUCUGAGGUAUCUGCGCUUCAAGCCCAGCUGAAGCGGGAGCAGCUGAAGGUACAGUCACUGGAGAAGAGCCUGGAUCAGAAGGAAAAGGAGGUUGAAGAGCUCACCAAGCUUUGUGAUGAACUGAUCACCAACGUGCAGAAGGGUUGAGCUCUUUUGUAAAUACUGUAUAUUUUUCUUCUCUUUCUUCUUUGUUGGUGUCCUGAUCAUUUUCUUGUGCAGUUUGUUGUUCGUCUUUGUUAAUGUUCUUCUGGUACUGUAAAAAAGUUAAUAAAGAUGAUUUACAAGUUUUA